GGAGAGGUUGGAGACAGUUGCCUAGAGCAGCGGAGGUUGCGGUCUGAUGGGGACGCGGCUCAGCAUGGCCUCGCGGGCGCCGCUGGGUUUCCCCACGCUCCCCCUCUCCAAUGGCUUACACAUCCCCGUGCUGGGGCUGGGUACAUCCCAUCAAGGUGGAUAUUCCCAUGAUGCUGUGGUGUAUGCACUACAAAAAUGUGGCAUUCGUCAUAUUGAUACAGCAAAAAGAUACGGCUGUGAAUCACUCCUUCAGAAAGCUAUCAAAGAAAGUGAUGUGAAGCGAGAGGACCUCUGGAUAACUACCAAACUCUGGCAUAGCGACUAUGGCUAUGAAAACACAAAACAAGCCUGCCUGGAAUCAUGCAAAAGACUUGGUGUUCAGUACCUCGAUCUUUAUUUGGUACACUGGCCCGAUGCACAAGUUCCUGGUAAAAGUAAUCGUGAGGUCCGAGCUGAAACCUGGAGAGCCAUGGAGGACCUAUAUGAGAAAGGUAUAUGUCGGUCUAUUGGUGUAAGUAAUUUUCUCAUUAAUCAUUUGGAGCAACUAAAGGAAGAUUGUAAGAUAACCCCACAUGUUAAUCAGGUUGAAUAUCACCCUUUCCAAAGGCCCCAAGAGCUGGUGGAUUAUUGUAGAGGUAGAAACAUUGUUUUUGAAGGCUACUGCCCAUUAGCCAAAGGUGAAGCUCUUACUCAUCCUAAUAUAAUUCAGCUGGCAAAGAAAUAUGGCAAAACCCCUGCACAGAUCUGUAUACGUUGGAGCAUACAGAAUGGGAUUGUCACUAUUCCAAAAUCUACAAAAAUAGAAAGGAUACAGGAAAACUGUGAGGUUUUUGAUUUUAAUCUGAGGGAAGAAGAUCUGGAAUUUUUAGAUUCUUUGAACAUCAACAAAAAACUGAUUCACCUAACCUAUCCAAUAUGGAAAGGGUAAUGUCAAACCAGAUUGUUCUAACCCGCAACAACCGAAACACGAAUACAUUUUGAACUGCACAAAACUGUUUCACAUCUACAUUGUUCUAUUACCUUUAAAGCUCCUGUCAGUAGCUUAUGAUAUUGAUUAUUAUAUGCACAAAGUGAAUUAAAUGUGGCUUAGUUUCUCUCUCUCUCUUUCUCUCUCUCUCUCUCACACACACACACACACACACACACACACUCACUCUCUUUUCUUAAUAAUCAGUUUCUCUGCUGUCCAGGUCUUUCUAUAAUAUGUGCUUUGGAUGGUUUUGAAUUCAGCUGCUACUGUAUUUGAAUUCAGCUGCUACUUUUUGGGACCCUGCUUCAGUCAAGACUUGGACUCAUUUAUACCGAUUGGAGUUUUGGCCCUGCGGCCCAGAUUUUCUAAGGUAUUUGGGCACCUAGUGAGGCACAUAGUGAGAUUUUCAGAAGCAUUUAAGGUGCCUAACUCUCAUUGAAAUCAAUAGGAGUGAGCACCUAAGGGCUUUUGAAAGCUGCAUUUUCAAAAUCUAAAUAUCUUUAGAAAUCUGACUUUAAUUUCAGUGGAAGCAGGAUUGUCUCCUGAAUCCAGCUUUCAGUUAUGGGCAAAACUCCUUUUCACUUCAGAAUACUAUAAUGUAUUCAAAAUAAUUUUUUUAAUAAAAAAAUAAAACAGUA